AUAUGUAACCUUGUAAAAACUACAACCUAUACAUAGUGUCUACUCUAGAGAACAAUAUCACUUCCACAUGGAAGACAUAAGUUGGCAUGUGCAAUAACCAUGUCAUCCUCCUCCUCCAUUUCAAAUUCACUCCCUUACCCACACUCCAACAUCCACAAAUUCCAUACCUUCACUUCCAACCACUACAAACCCCAAUCCCGUUUUCUCUUCUCCUUCCCCGUAUCCAAAAUCAACAGCGUCAGGAGCCUUAAAACCCGUUGCGCUUCAGAUGAUGCUUCUAGUUUCCAUGGUGUCGAGUUCAUUGUUUCCAUUUUACCAGGAGGCGAUUGGUGGGCAUUACCGAAGCACCGGGAAGACCCCGCAGAACCGGCAGAGGCUAAGCUUGCUCUCCGACGAAUGUUGGAGCUAGUUUCCGAUGAGCGGUGGGUUGCAGUCGUGGCAUUUGGGUCCCUUGUCAUUGCUGCUCUUUCAGAAAUCACCAUGCCAAGUAUUCUGGCAGCAUCAAUAUUUUCGGCACAAAGUGGCAAGACUGCAGCAUUCUCUAGGAAUGCAAUGUUUUUGGUUCUACUAUGUUUCACUUCAGGGAUAUGCAGUGGUUUGCGAAGUGGCUGCUUCGGAAUUUUGAAUGUAACCUUGGUAAAGCGUCUCCGAGAAAACUUGUAUACAGCCAUUCUUUUUCAGGACAUAUCCUAUUUUGAUAAAGAAAAAGUUGGCACCUUGACAAGCAGGCUUGCAGCAGAUUGUCAACAGCUUUCACAUGUUAUAGGAAACGAUCUUCAGUUAAUAUUACGCAACUCUUUGCAGGGAACAGGAGCAAUAAUUAAUUUACUGGUUUUAUCUUGGCCUCUAGCAUUAUCUGCACUCAUGAUUUGUUCCGUGUUAUCUGCAAUUUUCCUGGUUUAUGGCAGGUAUCAAAGAAAAGCAGCAAAGUUAACCCAAGAUUUCUCUGCUUGUGCUAAUGAUGUAGCUCAGGAAACACUUUCUUUAAUAAGAACUGUUCGAGUGUAUGGGACCAAAAACGAAGAAUUUGAAAGGUACAACCACUGGCUACAGAAAUUAGCAUUUAUUAGCAGUCGAGACAGCGUGGGUAAUGGUUUGUGGAACCUGAGCUUUAACACCCUUUACCGUUCAACUCAGAUAUUUGCAGUUCUUUUAGGAGGAAUGUCUGCUCUCAGCUGUUGUGUAACUGUUGAGCAACUUACAAAGUAUGUAUUAUACUGUGAGUGGUUGAUUUUUGCCACUUGGAGGGUGACAAACAGUUUAUCAUCAUUAAUGCAGUCCAUUGGAGCAUCUGAACAAAUUUUCGAAAUGAUGAACCGAUUGCCCUGUGACCAAUUCUUGGUCCAAGGAAUUAAGUUGCAGAGGCUAAUGGGCCAUAUUCAGUUUGUUGAUGUAUCAUUUCAUUAUCCUGCAAGGAGUAUAAUGCCUGUUCUAGAACACUUAAACUUCUCUGUAAAAGCAAAUGAAGUCAUUGCCAUUGUUGGUCUGAGUGGCAGUGGAAAGAGCACGUUAAUCAACCUUUUACUUCGCCUGUACGAGCCUUGUAGUGGUCAGGUAUGUAUUGAUGGUUUCCCUCUCAAGGAGUUGGAUAUUAGAUGGCUGAGGCAGAACAUUGGAUAUGUUGCGCAGGAACCGCAUAUCUUUCAUAUGGACAUAAAGUCGAACAUAGAGUAUGGUUGCCCUAAUAACUUAAAUGUAGAAGAUAUUAUAAAGGCAGCAAAACUGGCUUAUGCCCAUGACUUUAUUUCCUCUCUUCCUAAUGGCUACGACACCGUUGUUGAUGGCAAUGCACUUAGUGGUGGACAAAAGCAGCGAAUUGCCAUUGCCAGGUCCAUUAUCAGAGACCCAGUUAUUAUGAUUCUGGACGAACCAACCAGUGCCUUGGAUUCUGAAAGUGAGCAUUAUAUCAAGGAGGUGUUGUAUACAUUGAGAAAUGAAAAUAAAUCAAGAACCAUCAUUAUCAUAGCACAUAGGCUUUCUACUGUAAAAGCGGCUGACCGAAUCAUUGUUAUGGAUAAUGGUCGAAUUAUUGAGAUGGGUAACCAUGAAGAGCUUCUGGUCAAAGAUGGGCUCUAUGCCAAGUUAAACAAAAUUCAAGCUGAUGUAUUUUAAUUUGAUUCAAUUUGUUUUGGCAAGGGCAAGAAAUUAACUUGUUAAGAAUUCUCUAUUGCUUAUUACAAUAGUUAUUAUUGAUAUCAUGGUUGAUGUUUGAAUUGAAUGACAGUAACAAUUUAACAUUUAAAAAUUUGAGUAGGAUUAAAAUUCUAGACAUUUUGCAAUAGCAAGAAAAAAAAAAUCCGUUUUUUGCCAAAACUUAUUUAUUUAAGGUGGGAAACUAGAGAUUUUCCAUGGACCUCCUAUUUCAUUUAUGAAACUGAAAAAACUGUAGAGAGAAGAUUUGAUGAGAAAAUUAAGCAAUAGAUAGGAAGAUGCAUACUGCAAGUUUAUCAUGAGCAUGAAACUGGGAAAUCCAAUUAAAGGAUUUGUUGUGUUAAGCAUUGUAGCACUCCAGAACCAUCUUUAUAUAAAUGAAUUGCAUUGUACCUGAGUAACAUGCUUCUCGUGUGACCUAACUUAUAGAUGAAUCCACUAUUUUAAUCAUAGAAGCUUCUAUAACUUGAAUUUUUGUAGCUUGAGCAUAUUGAUUAAAAUAAGCAAAUUUCUUUGUUAUCCUAGCACUUUUUGAUUCUCUAAAUAAUAUAAUAUAAGUUUAUAUUCCAAUUCCAAACAUUCAUUAUGUAUAGAUAAUAACAUACA